AAUCCUCUCCCUUCUAAGAAGCAGGGAGAGCCCACAAGAAGCAAUGGAGCAGGGCAGCGGCCGCUUGGAGGACUUCCCUGUCAAUGUAUUUUCCGUCACUCCUUACACACCCAGCACAGCUGACAUCCAGGUGUCCGAUGACGACAAGGCGGGGGCCACCUUGCUCUUCUCAGGCAUCUUUCUGGGACUGGUGGGGAUCACAUUCACUGUCAUGGGCUGGAUCAAAUACCACGGUGUCUCCCACUUUGAAUGGACCCAGCUCCUUGGGCCUAUCCUGCUGUCGGUUGGGGUGACAUUCAUCCUGAUUGCUGUGUGCAAGUUCAAAAUGCUCUCCUGCCAGUUGUGCAAAGAAAGUGAGGAAAGGGUCCCGGACUCGGAACAGACACCAGGAGGACAAUCAUUUGUUUUCACUGGCAUCAACCAACCCAUCACCUUCCAUGGGGCCACUGUGGUGCAGUACAUCCCUCCUCCUUACGGUUCUCCAGAGCCUAUGGGGAUAAAUACCAGCUACCUGCAGUCUGUGGUGAGCCCCUGCGGCCUCAUAUCCUCUGGAGGGGCAGCAGCCGCCAUGCCGGGUCCUCCUCAGUACUACACCAUCUACCCUCAAGAUGACGCUGCAUUUGUGGUUGAUGAGGGCUGCCCUUCUUUCAUGGUUGGUGGAAAUGACAGGCCCAGUCCUGAUGCUGAACAGCUAGAAGAGACACAGCUGGAAGAGGAGGCCUGUGCCUGCUUCUCUCCUCCCCCUUAUGAAGAAAUAUACUCUCUCCCUCGCUAGAGACUAUUCUGAUACAAUAAUAUAAUGCUCAGCUCAGGGAGCAAGCAUUUCCAUCAUUGUUACCUGACAACCGUGGUGCUCUAUGUUGUGACCUUCAGAAGUUACAGCAGCGCAGCUCGGGCAGCCUGAUAGAGAUCAUUCAACAAAUACAAAGGGAAGUGGGAGGGGCAGGGUCUCAGAUUGGUAAAAAUCAGGCUGGGCUAGGGAAAUUCUCCUCCGGAACAGUUUCAAAUUCCCACGGGUAAGGAAUCUCCUGUGUAAGGUUCAGGAGCAGGAAUUUCACCUUUUCAUCCACCACCUUUCCCCUUCCCUGUAGGAAGGCACUGGUGGCUCAAUUUUAACUCCAGCAGUCAAUGGAAAAAUCACGACUUCUAAGACUUUUGGAGUUUCCACAGAGGGAAGAGUCGGGUGGGAAGGAAGCAGGGAAGAGAAAGCAGGCUCAGCUGGAGAUUUCCCAGUGGCAGUCCUCCGGCCCAAAGCAGACUCAUGUAUCCCAAACAACUUGGCUGCCAUCUGGCUUCUCUGAGGACUCUGGGUACCUUAA